AUGCUGAUAGGUGGCGAAGCUAUGAGUGCACAGUCUCGGGCUCAGGCAGCAUCACUUUGUUGGUAUCUGGAACGGUUCGAUGGAGAGGUGGAGUGGCUCGACGAUGAUGACGACGGUGAUGAUGAUGAGAUGAUGGUGAUGAUGAUGACUCCUCCCGCGGCCUCACUGCGACAGCCUACAGCCGUUGGCAUUCAGUUCUGGUUUUCGCUCGCACCAUCAGCAUGUGCACUCGUUUCGCGUAAUAUGUCCUAUCAGUUUCGAGUGACAGUGCAAGUGCGAACGAAAGAUCGUUAG